AUGUCCAAAUUUGCUCCACAUCGACGUCCUACAAAUGCUCCUAGAGCAAGUUCUAGUACCGUGUGCCAGAAAUGUCUUGGAACAGGCCAUUAUACCUACGAAUGUAAAGGUGCACGUCCAUAUGUUUCCCGGCCAUCGAGAACGCAACAAUUGGAGAACCCGCGUGUAUUGGCUAAGCUCAAGGCUAGUGGAAAGCCAUCGGUCGAAGUCCCCGAGGAGUUCAAGAAGUCUGCUGGGACAGCGAAUCGCUUAUUGGAAGCCAAAGAAAAAGAACGAAGCGGUGUAAGUGAGUCAAAGGGAAAUGGAAAGAAAAGGAAUCGACAGUGCGUCCCGUUUUGUGAUUUGCUUCCUUAA